AAAAUCUCGAGAUUGUAUUUCAGAAAAGUACGGGAGUAACAAACGAUCGUCUCGCGGAUACUGUUUCCCUCUUAAAAUCGACUGUUGAACAUAUAAUUGUAUAUAAUUCACGUGUCCUACAUAGGAAUUGGCUGUGAGGAUGAAAAGAAAAAGAAGUUUAAGUCGACAAGAAUUUAGAUAUUCUUACAAUAGUCCAUUGAAUGCUUUUAGGAAUAGUAUGGUGAAUCUCAAUAGCUUGAUAGACGAGAAGAUGGUACACAAGGAUAGGAGGUUAUCUAGUGGAAAGCGAAAGUUGAAAAAACAAAACGCAGCGGACUCUUCUAAAAGAAUGCCUUCACGAAAUAGUGUAAUUGUCAUCAAUGACAGCGACAGUGAAAGAGAUGAUAGAAAUGAAGACGUCUCGCUCAGCGUCAUUGAAUGUAACUCAAUACCGACCUCGCCUUUUCAACAAAAUAAAAAACUGAAAAUUUCUACAAAGAAAAACACGAAUAAAUCGUCUAGAACAUCAUUAGAUAAUGAUUCAUCUGUACUUUGUUUGACAGAUAUGCCGGAAUGUUUAAAUGAAGAAAAUAUAGCACCGUCACAAACAGAGGAUGAUGUAGUUGAAUUAUGGUCAUGUCUGAAUUCAUUAAAUAUGAGUAAAGACAAGAAAAAUAAAAAGAAGCAUAAAAAAGAGAAAAAUGCAAAUAAAAAUGAAGAAGAUAUGAGACAAAAUUCUGAUGAGACAAAUGAGAUGUUUGUGAUAGAUACAACACCAAAUUUGAAGUAUCUCAAAUUUUUAAGAGAUACAGAUACAGAUACAGAUACAUCCCAAUAUGUAUGGAAAAGAAAAAGAAAACAAGAUCUGUCUUCCAAUAAAACUAUAGCCAAAUCGUUUGUCAAACCCAUUAAGCAAAGUACAUUGAAAUAUUCAAAUAACAAUCAAAGAAAAAGGCACCAUAAAAACUGGAAUCCAAGUCCCACAAAAUUAAAUAUACGUUACAAUAACAAAUUGCGAAAAGAAGCAGAAGGAACUCAGAAAAAUACAGAUGAAAAUAGCGGAACAAAUUCAAAUUAUAAAUUAAGAGAGAUAAUUGUUGAUGGUUGCAAUGUGGCGAUGAACCAUACACAAGGUAAAGAAUUCUCAGAAAAAGGUAUCCAAAUAGUGGUAAAUUAUUUUAAAGAGAGAGGUCAUGUUGUAAAAGUUUUCUUACCACAACACGUUCGUAGAAAGGAACAUACGUUUCUUGAGCAAUUAUACAAAGAAGGAACAGUAAUUUUUACACCUAGCCGCAAAAUUGGUGGUAGACAAAUUACAUCUUACGACGAUCGAUUUAUCUUGAAAUAUGCGACAACGUGUGGAGGGAUAGUGAUUUCCUCGGAUCAAUACAGAGAUUUGUAUAGAGAGAAACCGGAAUGGCGCAAUACUAUUCUGAAUCGUUUACUGAUACCCACCUUUGUCGGGGAUUACAUCAUGUUUCCGGAAGAUCCAUUAGGCAAGUUUGGACCUAAUCUCGAGAGAUUUUUGCGAUAUUGAUAAAAUUAUAUUAUCAUAAAAUAUAUUAUUCAGGGAAUGGAAGUAAUUAGUUACUUGCAAUGCUGUUACUUUCCUUACCGUUACUCUUAUAAAAUAGUUAGGCAGUGACAAAUUUUUACAGAAAAAGUAAUUUCUCCGAAUAGUAACUCUUCCAUUCCUUGAUUAUUUUAAUUUGGAUAUCAGGACUGAUUAAUGUCUUGUUUAAGAAAUUAUGAA